AUGUCAUCAAACUCCCCAGAUCACAGCGGAUUUCACCAAAAAUCCCGCCACUCACAACAACAAUCACAAUCCGCCGCCACUCAGUCCGCCGCCACCCAGGAAUCUCCAGGACCAUCUUCCUUUCUCAGUCUAGAGAGAGUAGUCCAACAAUACGGAUCCCGACCUGAACUACUUGAGCUUAUUCUGUCCACAAAAGUUGAAGAAGACAGACGCAGAGCUGAAGAAGCCAAACUGAGACGCAAGGAAAUAGACUAUUUACUACAUCGUCACCAGUCUACAGAUUCCUCUCUCGAUCGUCCCAACACUAAUACUAGUAACAGCAACAAUAACAGUAACAUUCGUUCGUGGAAACAAUCAUCAUCACCAAAAUCACAACUACGCUCACCUGCCAGUCAUCACUCACACCCUUCAGUUGAUGAACAAAUGGAGCUAGCAGCAGCAGGAGGAGACUCUCGUCAGCGUGAUUCAAGACUCUAUCUACCUUUUCCCGGCAGAAGAUCAAGUCUAACCGCCAAAACCAUGCCUUACUCACCCCUCUCGCCAUCAAUGGACUAUCCUCACUCUCAAAUUCAACUGAGCAAGAAACGCCACAGUCUAACCCACACAAUCAAUGCCUUCCCUCGUCACGCAGAACGCCUCAUUGACACACUCGAUGACACUUUUGAUGACGCGCACGGCACCCUCUGUCAAACAUCGCGCAACUUGCUGUCGUCCGGAAUCCCUCCUCCCUCUCCACCAAUCGAGGCCACAACCUUCCAACCCCAACCUCAGCCUCAAUCCCAGGCUCAGGCUCAGGCUCAGGUACAGGUACAGACUCAGGCACAGGCUCAAGCUCAAGCUCAAGCUCAGGUCCAACCCCAACCACAACCACAAUCCCAGGUUCCGGUUCAGGCUAUUUCCCAGGGUAUUUCCCAGGCUCUGGUUCAGGAUCAGGAUCAGGCUCUGGAUCAGGAUCAGGAGCACGAUCACGAUCACGAUCAGACCAAGUCCAAGAUUCAGAAUAAAAUUCGGGAUCAGGCUCUCGAGAAACCCAAGACCGAGGAAAAAUUGGUUUCGAAACGACCUCACCACACACGGGAAGCAAGUCCGGUUGAUCAGACUUCGUCCAAGCGAAAACGGCGCGAAAUGCAGGCCAUUACGACCAUUAUCGAAACUCGGGAGUUUCCUUACAACGAUAACUAUCUCUGGAAGAACAACGGAAACACGGUCCAUAAAAAGACAGGCCACAAAAGCAUUUACUACAAAUGUUCCAAUAGCGCAAAGGGUUGCCUUGUCAACAAAACAGUGACCUUUAGAGAAAAUGGGGAACACUUGAUUAAAUACCGGGGCCAACAUUUGAACGAAUGCAGUCGUAUCAAGCGCAUCAUUGACAUUUAA